AUGGACACAAAAUUAAGUCCCGGGAAUGCGACGCCUGAAGAAGUGAAAGGGCUACCACCGACUGUUUUCGGUAUCACGGGUCUAGAUCCGCUGCGUGACGAAGGGCUGCUAUAUGCGAAGAUAACAGCAGUUGGGGUUCCUACCAAUAUCAACGUAUUCAGAGGUGUUCCUCAUGGGUUCCGCCGUUUUGGCGACGCGCUUUCUGCAAGUAAAAGAUGGGAUAACAUUAUUGACGAAGGCAUAAAGUGGGUGUUGAAUAAUCCGGCAGCGACAAAUGAUUUUGAUGUCAAGGAACAAUAA